CAAGGCAGCGGUCCGCCGGCCAACAGUUCAUUAAUGAUCUAUGCAUUAAUGUGGCUCUCGUUGGUCAUGACAAUGGAGGCAGUAGGUGCCAUCGAUGCCCCACUGCCAUUAUCGCUGGCAGAGAUCCCGCUGUUGUCUCUGGCGCAGGGAAAACACCAUUACCACGAGACGGGCGUGGAAUCGUUGCCGGGAUUAACGGGAUAUACGCGAAAUUAUUAUGGCCCCGCUGACACUGCACCGAGCGAUGACUUGGCAACAUAUGGAAAUUAUGCUCACAAGCUCCUGUCCGCCCACCACCCGCACACGGAUCCACAUCCACAUCCACAUCCAGUAUCAUCAUCGCCAUAUCCCGCCACCGCCAAUGGCUUUGUGCCCUUCUACUACAGCAGCCAACUGCACUCGCAGUCGCCCUCGCACUCACUUUCGCAGUUCGCUGGCGAGGAUGAGGUGACGCGGCGCGACCCAUCGGCCAAUAUCGAUUUUGUCAUUAAUGCGGCAAAUUAUGAGCCAAAUUCCGCGGGCUACGAGGAGCCCUACGAAGGCUUUGCAUAUCGGCCGCGGGUGUCGUCGCCGACGCGUCCCAAUCAUUACCAUUUCGAGCAAAUUUCCAAUUACCGGAACCAGGACCAACGGCAGGAGGAGCAGCUGGAUAAUUCCGGUGUCUAUGCGCGCCACAAAGAGCUGCAAACAUUGGCUAACCCAGUGAAGCGGGAGCAGCGGGAGGAGUCGUUAUCCAGUCAACAGCAACUGGCAGGGCGACAAGAAUCCCAGGAACAGCGACAAUACCAGCAGCUGGAAGGGAGACAGCAACAUCAUCAGCAGCAGCCGCAUCAGCAGCAGCAGCACAAUCAGCCUCAGCAGCAGCAACAUGAGCAGCUCAACCAGCAACACGUACUGCAGAAACCUUUAGGAUAUAUUCAGGAUCAACGGCAGCAACAGCGCCUCGGUGUGGCCCAGGAUCAGCAGCUGCUGUACUCCCACACUGAUUCGCGCGUAGCCGAUCUUCCCGCUAUAACAACCACCGUUCGUCAUACUCCGGCGAGUAGCAAGGCCGUGGCUGGAUUGCCGCUGGCCAAGCACAUAGAGGUAACCAAGAAUGUGCCCAUCACCCACUACCAGAAGCAGCAUGUUCCCUACAAGCAGACGAUCCAGGUGCAGGUGCCCCGCACCGUCAUCGCUGCCAUUCCCAAGCCCAUGCCCAUCAAGAUACCUUUGGCGAAAACCGUGGCAGUUCCGCAGCUGCAAGAGGUGAAGAUACCCAUCGAACGGGUCAAGCCAGUGCCCGUAGAGCGUCCCAUUCCAUUUGUGGUGGAGCGAAGAGUACCCUACCGAGUGGAGAAGCCGGUGGCUACGCCAGUCUACUAUCCUUAUCCGGUCAAAGUGCCUGUGGUGCGCACGGUGGUGCACAAGCAGCGAACCCACUAUGUGGCGCCGGGUUGGAGUGCCACCGGCAAUCAUUUGCUUGGCUGA